AUGUCCCAGUUCCACAGCCAGAUUGGGGAUGUUGGAGGAGAGCAGAGAAGGCGGCUCCAGGAGUACAUAGCAGCAAAAGAAAAGCUGAAAUGCCCAAGUGCAAAACCCUUUCUGAAGGACCAGACCAAUCGCCUGAAUCCAACCUUGGCACGAGUUUCUAAACUACAGCAUGUUGACAGAAACAAGAAGGAUGUUCCUGGCAGUGUGGCAAACGGCCCUUGGAGGGAUGGGAAGCCUGCUGUCAAACCCAGGCAGCAUGCUGGCCAGGCUGCUCAGCAGAAGCCUUCAAACACCACACAGAGAGUAACGGUGGUGUGUCCACAGCUGAGGAGGAGCACAAAGCAUCCCCUGGGGCCCUUGCUGAGCUUGAGCCAGCCUACGCAGCCCAGAGGGAGGCUCCCAACCUCAACUGCUACUCACCCCAAUCCAGAAAGGAACAAGAAGCCCUCAGAGGGGACUGUCAUCACUGCAGCCCCUCUGCCUGGCAGUGAUCACCCCCCUCCUGGGGCACUUUCUUCCCUAGAUGAGGGCCUGCAAGACAGGCUGGCCUGCAACAAAGAAAACCUCCCAGCACAAGUCUCUACACACCCAGUGCUGAACAGAGUUUUUCAGUCUGAUGGAAACAAUCUUGGGAACACGAGAGCCUUGGCUCACAGGCAAAGCUCAGCUACGAGCUCAAGAACUGUUCCAGGCCCAAAGGACAGAAUUAAUAAUCACCAGGCUAAGGAAGGGCCAGAUCAGGAUAAAUUCAGGAGAGCAGCACCAGGCUCCAAGAGUGCAUCUCAAAAACCAAGUGUCAGAACUCAGCCACUGCAGCCCCCUCAGUUACUGGCUGCUUCUGCUGAUUUGCUGCAGAAAAAUAUAGGGGCAAACCAGGAAAAAACUCACCUGGCAAAGGAGCUGAGAGGGAAGCUGCUCAGCGCACGUCCUGGAGGGGGCCUUCAGCACUGCAGUAGGCGCCCCCAAAUGAGAAGAUCUCCCUCGAAGCUUCCAGCCUGCAGCAGGCCCCAGGGACCCCCAAACUCGAAGUCCAGCCUGAAAGCAGGUGGUACCCUGCCAUGGCACAGGCCCGCAGCACAGGGGCACAGGAGGGAUGCAGAGGUGGCACCUCCUGGCCGCACAGCCACAUCCCAGGUGAUGCUGCCCCAAAACCAGUCUCGCAUCGCACACAGCUCCAAAAUUCCAGCACUCAAGAGUGGUUUUGGGAACAAGGGAGUCAGGCUCAAAGCAGAGGUGCCCAAGGCAGGUCAGAUACAGGCCAGGUGUGUCCCCAAGAUCUCGUCAGCUGCGGAUCGUAAGAAACAGCUGGAAGAGUGGUUGGCAUCCAAAGGCAAGACUUACAAACGACCACCUAUGAUGCUGCUUCAGAAACAGGCAGUGAAGCUGGCUGAAGUACCAAGAAGUACCAAGAAGAAAGAGAAGCAAGAGGAACGAGAGCAGCCCUGCCUGGAGAAGAUCAACAACAUAUUCACCAAGUGCCUGAAGCUCGUUGAGGAGGGCGUCGGGGCAGAGGAGCUCUCUGCCAUGCUGUCCAGUGUGCCCCAGGCAGAGAAGUUUGCCAAGUUCUGGAUCUGCAAAGCAAAACUCCUCGCCCGGAGCAGCUCGUUUGAUGUGACGGGGCUGUACCGAGCCGCGGUCUGUGCUGGGGCCACACCACUCCAAGAGCUCAGAGAAGUUGUCCUUGAUAUUUUGAAGGCUGCAGACCAAACAUCAGAAGGGGACAAGGCUGGGGGGCCCACAACACCUUGUCCCAGUGAACGACAGCAUGUGGUAGUGACUCCCUGCCCAACUGGAAGGCCCCUGCCCAGCCUGCCCCUCUCCAUCAAGUUACAAGUUACAUCUGCAACCAGAAGAAGGGAGUUUCUGCAAGGCCAGGAGCUGAAGUUCCUGACACCAGUGCGACGCUCGCUGCGGAUAGACCAGGCUGGGAGCCACUACCCAGAGAUGCUGAAGGACCAUGACCCUGUGGUGUCAUCCCUCAGUGAAAUCCUAGAUGCUGAGGAGGAGACUCAGUUCUUCUUCCGGAAAAACAAGGCUUUGCCAGAGGUGGCAGAACUGGAGGGGCUGAGGACUUACCCCCCUGAGUGCUGCUGA